GUGACUUGGUUCUUGACGAUGCAAGCGAUAACUCCUAGCGAAGCAGCGGGAUUUGCUGUGGGCGGCCUUCUCCUCGCCGCUGCUCUUGCGGCCCCAAGAGUGGACAAUUACAUUGCCCGCUCGCAGCGAAGAUCUCUCGGGCUCUGUGAAGACUGCGGUGGAUUGAAGAGGAAGGCUUGCGGGAAAUGCAAAGGCCGGGGGGAGCUAAGACCCCAGCUUGCAAUCUUCGAUCAAGGCGCCACAGGAGAAAAGUGUAGAGAAUGUAUGGGUCGAGGCUACUUUCCAUGCACUGCCUGCUCAGCUUCCCAAGCUCCGAAGUGAAAAUCUCACUGAAUUAACAUAGCCAGCUGCUCAAGAACAAAGCUCGCGUUCUAUCGCUCAA